UCUUCAGCGGCCGCCCGGGAGGGGCUGAGAGGCGAGCAGGGGAGGGGGCGCCGCCCAGUCUCUAGUCCCGAGCCGCGAGCCCGGACCCCUGCCCGCGGCCGCACCAUGCGCGCCGAGCCGGCGUGAUCGGCUCCGCCCGCAGCCUCCCCGCAGCCUAGCCCGGCGCUCUCGCGGGCCACACCGAGCGGCGCCCGGGAGCUAUGAGCCAUGAAGCCGCCCGGCAGCAGCUCCCGGCGGCCGCCCCUCGCGGGCUACAGCCUUGCCCGAGCCUCUGGCGGCCCCCACGGCCGCCCCGCCGGCCCGGCACCUGCCCGCGCCCUGGCCCGCGCGCCGCCCUGCCGCCUGCUCCUCGUCCUUCUCCUGCUGCCUCCUCUCGCCACCUCGUCCUGGCCCCGCGCCUGGGGGGCUGCUGCACCCAGCGCUCCGCACUGGAAUGAAACUGCAGAAAAAAAUUCGGGAGUCCUGGCAGAUGAAGACAACACAUUGCAACGGAAUAGCAGCAGUAAAAUCAGUUACAGCAAUGCAAUGCAGAAAGAACUCACGCUGCCUUCAAGACUCAUAUAUUACAUCAACCAGGACUCAGAAAGCCCUUAUCAUGUUCUUGACACAAAGGCAAGACACCAGCAAAAACAUAACAAGGCUGUCCAUCUGGCCCAGGCAAGCUUCCAGAUUGAAGCCUUUGGCUCCAAAUUCAUUCUUGACCUCACACUGAACAAUGGUUUGCUGUCUUCUGAUUACGUGGAGAUCCACUACGAAAAUGGGAAGCCACAGCAUUCUAAGGGUGGAGAGCACUGUUACUACCACGGCAGCAUCCGAGGUGUCAAGGACUCCAGGGCAGCUCUAUCGACCUGCAAUGGACUUCAUGGUAUGUUUGAAGAUAAUACCUUUGUAUAUAUGAUAGAACCACUGGAGCUGAUUCACGAUGAGAAAAGCACAGGUCGACCACAUAUAAUCCAGAAAACGUUGGCAGGACAAUAUUCUAAGCAAAUGAAGAAUCUCAGUAUGGAAAGCAGUGACCAGUGGCCCUUUCUGUCUGAAUUACAAUGGUUGAAAAGGAGAAGGAAGAGAGCAGUGAAUCCAUCUCGUGGUGUGUUUGAAGAAAUGAAAUAUUUGGAACUUAUGAUUGUUAAUGAUCACAAAACGUAUAAGAAAUACCGCUCUUCUCAUGCACACACCAAUAACUUUGCAAAGUCCGUGGUCAACCUUGUGGAUUCUAUUUACAAGGAGCAGCUCAAUACCAGGGUUGUCCUGGUGGCUGUAGAGACCUGGACUGAGAAGGAUCAUAUUGACAUCACCACCAACCCUGUGCAGAUGCUCCACGAGUUCUCCAAAUACCGGCAGCGUAUCAAACAGCAUGCCGAUGCUGUGCACCUCAUCUCGCGUAUGACAUUCCACUAUAAGAGAAGCAGUCUGAGUUACUUCGGAGGUGUCUGUUCUCGCACAAGGGGAGUUGGUGUGAAUGAGUAUGGUCUUCCAAUGGCAGUGGCACAAGUAUUAUCGCAGAGCCUGGCUCAAAACCUUGGAAUCCAAUGGGAACCUUCUAGCAGAAAGCCAAAAUGUGACUGCACAGAAUCCUGGGGUGGCUGUAUCAUGGAGGAAACAGGGGUGUCCCAUUCCCGAAAGUUCUCAAAGUGCAGUAUUUUGGAAUAUAGAGACUUUUUACAGAGAGGGGGUGGAGCCUGUCUUUUCAACAGGCCGACAAAGCUAUUUGAGCCCACAGAAUGUGGAAAUGGUUAUGUGGAGGCUGGAGAGGAAUGUGACUGUGGUUUACACGUGGAAUGCUAUGGAUUGUGCUGUAAGAAAUGCUCUCUCUCCAAUGGGGCCCACUGCAGUGAUGGGCCGUGCUGUAACAAUACCUCAUGUCUCUUUCAGCCACGAGGGUAUGAAUGUCGGGAUGCUGUGAAUGGGUGUGAUAUUACUGAAUAUUGUACUGGAGACUCUGGCCAGUGCCCACCAAACCUUCAUAAACAAGAUGGAUAUGCAUGCAAUCAAAAUCAGGGCCGCUGUUACAAUGGGGAGUGCAAGACCCGGGACAACCAAUGUCAGCACGUGUGGGGAACAAAGGCUUCCGGGUCUGAUAAGUUCUGUUACGAAAAGCUGAACACAGAAGGCACCGAGAAGGGAAACUGCGGGAGGGACGGAGACCGAUGGAUCCAGUGCAGCAAACAUGAUGUGUUCUGUGGGUUUUUACUCUGUACCAAUCUUACUCGAGCUCCACGUAUUGGUCAACUCCAGGGUGAGAUCAUCCCAACUUCCUUCUAUCAUCAAGGCCGAGUGAUUGACUGCAGUGGUGCUCAUGUGAUUUUAGAUGAUGAUACAGAUGUGGGCUAUGUAGAAGAUGGAACGCCGUGUGGUCCAUCCAUGAUGUGUUUAGAUCGGAAGUGCCUACAGAUUCAGGCCCUAAAUAUGAGUAGCUGCCCACUUGAUUCCAAGGGUAAAGUCUGUUCAGGCCAUGGGGUGUGUAGUAAUGAAGCCACCUGCAUCUGUGAUUUCACCUGGGCAGGGACAGAUUGCAGCAUCCGGGAUCCAGUUAGGAACCUUCACCCCCCUAAGGAUGAAGGACCCAAGGGUCCUAGUGCCACCAAUCUCAUAAUAGGCUCCAUCGCUGGUGCCAUCCUGGUAGCAGCUAUUGUCCUUGGGGGCACAGGAUGGGGAUUUAAAAAUGUCAAGAAGAGGAGGUUCGAUCCCACUCAGCAAGGCCCCAUCUGAAUCCGCGGCAGCGGAUGAGCGGUGCCUCACACUGUUGGAUUCUGGGUGAGACAUACCCGCUGCACCCUUGCUGGAACUGUUAAGUCUGUAAGCAAGACUGCCGGGUGGUUAAUGACCACAGGACUGAAGUUGGGGGACAGGGAUGGGGUAAAAGGAAACUGUGCUUUGGGGAAAUAAUUUCAAAGAACCCCUCUCACCACCUGUCAAGAAAAGGGGAUAAAAGACAAUGUUAUAAAAAGAACUAUUUCAGAACCGUUUUUUUUUUCUAACUAAAGGAAGAAGGAACAACAAAAAAUUAAGUGCAAUAAAAGAACCAUUAAAAAAUAGCAAAUGAUUUUUUUUCUUUCCUCAGCCUGCUGGCACAUAAUAUCUCCUAAAUGAUUUGGCAUGAUUUUUUUUUUCUUUUCCUACCAAUGACACACUCCAGCGGCAUGAAGAUCUAAUUUUCGAAAGGGUAAAAUCCGCAUGGCAUAUCUACAACAAGCAGCUAGCAAGCCAAUCCACAGCAAAACCUGCAGCUGAAUUCCCAAGGUGAAGGUGGCCCGGGAACACGCGGAGGUUGCCUGGCCCUCACCCCCUCGUCUAGACCAGGCCACGAGAGACUCCACGGACCCCUGCUCUUGUUGAGUCCCUUUCCCUUCGUGUGUUUGCCUGGACCAAGCAUCCUUUGGAAAUGGGAGCUGGAAUUUGAACAAUGAUGCUAUUGUAUAGUUCUUUUAUAAAUGUAAAUAUGGAAAUAAGAGAUUUUGACACAUCAUUUUCACUUGUCUGUACUGGAAUAUUUUCCUUGUAAAGGUUCUCUGUAGAUUUGAGUUUAUUGUUUGCUCCCCAUCUUUUGGGUUCUUUUCACUGUUUUCUCUCUCUCUUCUCUGAUAAUGCGUUGUUCAGUGAUUUGGAGGCUUGCUUCCAAAAGACAGAUGUAGCCGCAGAUGCAGGGAGUUUGGGCACAAAACAGAUGCAAGUUAACAAGGAAAUGCUUGAACGACAUGAAAUGCUUGAAACCAAAAAUAAGCAAAAGCGGGGCAGGGGGGACACAAACAACUAAAUAACCCAUAUUAAAAACACAAAAAUUAUGUAAAUGCAAAUAUAUGUACUGACAAGUCUAACAUUUUUUGAUGUCAUUAUAAAUGUAUGUAUAUAAUGUAAGAAAGUAGACACCCUCUUGUAUGAAUCACAAAAGUGCCAAGCUCAUGAUUUGCGUUUUUGGUUUUUGACAGUUUUCUUUCCCUGUCUUUAAUGUGAAAGGAGGAUAAACUUAAAGCCUUAAAUUAAAAAAUAACUUUUCAAUGUUAAAAAACUGGGUGUGGGGGGAAGUUAGGCUUUUCAUUUUGUUCACAUCGAUUAUUGUCAAUAUCUCGUUCAUGCCUCAUCUUCCCGCCUCGAGAUGCAGGUGGUGGAGCCCCAGCGGCAAGCUGCUAAAGGACGCAGAAGCCGUGGCUGCUUUCCCGUGAGCGUGGCUCUCGUGGGCUUUACGUCUGUGUGCUGCAUUUUCCACAAAUCUUGUUGGGGGCCCGUAGUGUGUGACCGGUCUGUGGGAUGUUCUGGAUUGUGAUGGGGUUCUCCUACUCACAAAUUCGUGAUCUAAUUUUGCCUCCAGGCAGAUGUGCAGAUGUAAUCUGGGUUCCCAAGUCCCUCCGAGUUUCCUUCACCGGCACCGCUUUCUUCUUCCAUUUAGGAUCAAGAUAGCUUCCGUUCAAGUGUUCAGUAUAUACAUGAAUAAAGAAAUCUGGUCCUGACUUGGUUUUGAAU